AUACGUGACGUGUGCUUGGCUCUAACUCCACUCUGCUCCAAACCUACCGAUGCUCUGUUCUCUCCCCUCAACCCUAAUUUCAGAGCUUACAGAUGGAUACUCAAUAUCUCGAGUUUGAGUCCAAUUCAUACUUGUUUCUCUAGGAAACGGAGAGGCUAUUGAUGCAUCAUAAAUGGAAGUGGAGGCUGCUUAUUUUCAAUUCUGUUAUUCUCACAGGUUAGGGUUUGCAUUUUGAACUCUUGUUUACUACAGCUGAUUCUUUCAUUUCAUUUUUUUUUAUUGGAGAGGUCAAGUGUGUCUAGUCCCUCUCGUAAGUAGUUCAGAAACUUGUGUACUCUUGAUGAGAAGAAAGCUUGGACAAUUAAUGUUGUUGCCAGGCAUUAUUGUUUGAGCUUGGAAAAUGCCGGAGGAACUUUUGAAUUCUAUCUUUCGCAAAAGAGAAUUCGGUAUCCAAAUUUACCUGGAAAGAUUAUAUUUCAGAUGUCUCAUGCAGAUUCAUUGAAUUACCUGAUGAAGUGAUUGUAAUCGUCCUGAAAAAACAAGAGACCUUAAAACUUGUAUUUGUUGCCCCACAGUUUGCUAGCACUUGCAAUGACUUGUCUCCAAAGCUGACACUAUCUUAGAUAGGUUCUUGUAUUCAGGUGAGGCUAGUGAGUAUCUCCCAUGCUGGAAAUCACAUUACCACGUUCCACAAUCGGCAUUCACUGCCCUCAUGAAAGUGUUUGGUAAUAUGAAAUCUCUUAAAAUUAAGCUUUGCCCUUUCCCUUCACUAAUUUCUUGUUAUGGAGUGCAUCAUGGACAUGCUUUCGCAGCAAGCUGAUGGAAGAGGGCAUGAACAAUAAAAUCCUCUCAUUUAUGUAUGGAUUUUGAGACUGGAUCUUUGUCACGUGAUGAUGAAGGGAUGUUAUCCCAUGAAUGUAACAGGUUCUAUCUGGAAAAGAUUGAUAAUUCUCUGAUGUUAUCCAUUUCUGUUGUAAUAUUAUGUCACCAGCCUAAAACUCUGAGUAGCGCAGUGAUUUUGAGUGCUGGGAUACAGGGACAUAGUUCAGAAGGUAAGGUGGGGUAUUGAUCAGAAGAAGGGAAGGUGUUUGUGGAUUCUAAACAGCUGGCCAUGCCUUUUAUUUUUUAUUUUUAAUACAAGAGUGAACAAGAGCUGGCCUAAGAAUCUGCAGAAUCUGGUUUAUUGGCGUAAGAAUCAUGAGGAAAAUAAGCAUCAGCUUGGAGAGGAGUUGUGGCUUGUUCAUAAAUGGAAAGGAGAGAGAUGCAAUGUGAAUAAAUUGAAUGUAAAGGAGAGAGAUGUGAAGGAGUUGCUGGGGCUUUUGACGAGGACGACAAAGAUGAGAAACAAUGAAAAUGCAGAUUUCUUCUGACAGUAGUAACUUGGGUACAAUGGAGAAACCUUUGAAUCCCAUCUUUUGGAAAGAAAUGUCUGUAUCCAAAUUGACCAAGAAAGACUGUAUUUCAGAUGUCUCUGACAGAUUCUUUCAAUUACCGCAAGAAUUGAUUGUAAACAUCCUGAAAAGAACUAAAGAUGCCAAAACCCUUAUUCGUUGCUUGUCAGUUUGCAAGCGCUUGCAAUGCCUUGUCACCAAAGUUGACACAGUCUUCCUUAGAUUCUCGUAUCCGGGUGAGGCUGGUCAGUAUCUCCCAUGCUGGAAAUCACAUUACCACAUUCCACAAGCAGCAAUCCCUGCCCUCAUGAAAGUGUUUGUUAAUCUGAAAGCUCUUGAAAUUAAGCUCUGCCUUUGCCCUUCACUACUCCCUUGUUAUUAUGGAGUAUCUCUCAGGCGUAGCUUCAAGUUCCUGCUGCAGUCUGUGGAUAUGAAUGAUAAAAUGCACACUCAUAUGUGUACAGCCUUUGACAUUGGGUUGUUGUUAAGUGCUGAUGGGGAGAUUUCUUUCCCUGAAUCGAACAUGUUGUAUAUUGGAAACGUCAAGAGCUCUCUGAUGUUGUCCUUCUUUCUUGUAAUAUUAUGCCAUCGGCCUAAAACGCUGAGAAGCAUGGUGAUUUUGAGUUCUGAGAGUUAUGGGUCAGAAGAUAAGGCACAGUAUAGAUCUGAAGGGAAUGUGUUUAUGGAAUCUGAACAGGUUGCCAGGUUUCAUGCUUUGAGUUCGAAGACAAGAGUGGAAGAGAGCUGGCUCAAGGAUCCACAGAAUUUGGUUUGUUGGUUUGAGAAUCAUGAGGAAAAUAAGCAUCAGCUUGCGGAGAAGUUGUGGCUUAUUCAUAAAUGGGAAGGAGAGAGAUGCAACAUGAAUCAGUCAAUUGUAAAGAAGAGCGACGUGGAGGAGUUGCUGCAUGCUUUCGAUGAGGACAUUGAUGAAAACAAUGAAAAUGAAGAUUUCUUCUGAAUGUAGUAACAUGAAUACUAUGGUAAGUUCGAGGGUUUGCUUUACUCCCUAAAAUUAGAAAAUAAUGCUUGAGUUAAAUGGUAAUCUUUUAACUGUUACAAGCGUUUUUUUUUUUUUUUAAUUUAGUUCUAGGAUGGAAAUUUAAUAACUUGAAAAUUCGUGGAAGUAGUAACUUUCGGCAUGAGACUUUGAUUGAGAACUCAGUUUCUCAUUGAACUAUGGAAUGUGUUAUGAAAUUGUUGUUUCCUUAAUUGCAAUACAAACAUGUUUUUUUUUUUAGUUCAA